CCCCUCCCCACCUGGCGCUGCGUCAGUUCCGGGCCAGCAUCAGGGCUAGGGCCGGGUUCCUAGCAGGCUGUUUUUUGGCGCCGAGUCUCAGCAUGGCUGCCUCCAGGGUUGAGGGUCCGGGAGCCGCCACUCCUUCGUUUUGUUGACCGCCCCUGGCGUCUGUGCUCUUCUUGUCUUUCCUGAGCUACUCCAGCAGACAUGUUCGCUAAGGCCUUUCGGGUCAAGUCCAACACAGCCAUCAAGGGCUCGGACAGGAGAAAGCUCCGGGCCGAUGUGACAGCUGCUUUCCCUGCCCUGGGAACAGAUCAGAUCUCUGAAUUGAUACCUGGAAAGGAAGAGCUAAAUGUUGUGAAGUUGUAUGUUCACAAAGGGGAUUCGGUGACUGUGUACACGAGUGGUGGUAACCCCAUCCUAUUUGAACUGGAGAAAAAUUUGUAUCCAACAGUGUACACACUGUGGGCCUAUCCGGAUAUUCUACCAACUUUUAUAACAUGGCCUCUGGUAUUGGAAAAACUGGUCGGGGGAGCAGAUUUGAUGCUGCCAGGGGUAGUGGUGCCCCCUACUGGUCUUCCUCAAGUACAGCAAGGCGACCUCUGUGCCAUUGCCUUGGUGGGGAACAGAGCGCCCGUUGCAAUUGGAGUGGCCGCCAUGUCCACAGCUCAGAUGCUGGCUUCAGGCCUGAAGGGAAAAGGUGUCUCUGUGCUCCACACUUAUCAGGACCACUUGUGAUUUUUCCAGGAGAUCUGGAGACAAGUCCUCUCCACCUGCCAUUGCCCCACUGGACCCCACAGAUAGCUGCGAAGAGAAGGUGCACCUUGGUCUGCAGGGAAACCUGAAGAGCCUGACCCUGGACGGAGAGGAGGAGAACGGGCAGGUUCCUCUCCGAGAAGCCUCUGAGGACACCAGCUCCAGGGCCCCGAGCCAGGAUUCCUUGGACGGCAAGCCCCUUCAGGAACAAAUGGACGAUCUGUUACUGCGGUGCUUCCUUCAUGCCCUGAAGAGUCGAGUCAAGAAAGCUGACCUCCCGUUGCUCACCAGCACUCUCCUUGGCAGUCACAUGUUCUCCUGCUGUCCUGAAGGACAGCAACUGGAUAUAAAGAAGUCAAGCUAUAAAAAGCUCUCUAAGUUCCUGCAGCACAUGCAGCAGGAGCAGAUUGUCCAGGUCAAGGAGCUGAGCAAAGGGGUGGAGAGCAUUGUGGCUGUGGACUGGAGGCACCCGAGGAUCACGUCUUUCGUCAUCCCCGAGCCUUCCCUGACUUCCCAGACUGUCCAGGAAGUUAGCAGGGAACAGCCCUAUCUCCCUCCAGAUAUAAAAUCCCUCUACUGUGUCCCAGCCAACAUGACCCAGCUCUUCCUGGAGUCUGGCCACAAGAAGGGGAGCACCCUUGAGGGCAGUGAGGUCCGAAAGAUCAUCACGGACUAUGCCAAGAGAAACAGACUGGUGGAUGCAGACAACAGAAAUCUGGUGAAGUUGGAUCCUAUCUUAUGUGACUGCAUCUUAGAGAAAAAUGAGCAGCACUUGGUCACGAAGCUCCCAUGGGACUGUCUCCUGACCAGGUGUUUGAAAAAUAUGCAGCCUGCCUACCAAGUAACAUUUCCUGGCCAGGAACCCAUUCUAAAGAAAGGGAAACUCUGUCCAAUUGAUAUCACCCUUGCACUGAAGACCUAUAAUAAAAAGGUGACUGUGGUCCGGAACUUGGAGACCUAUGGUCUAGAUCCGUGCUCAGUGGCCGCCAUUCUCCAGCAGCGAUGUCAGGCAAGCACCAUCGUCUCUCCUGCCCCUGGGGCCAAAGACAGUCUGCAGGUGCAGGUCCAGGGAAACCAGAUCCACCACCUUGGCCAGCUACUGCUUGAAGAGUAUCGGCUCCCUGGAAAAUACAUCCAAGGCCUAGAAAAGGCCCCCAAACCUGGCAAGAAGUGACAGACUCAUUUUAUGCAGUGGACCCCAUGGGAACCCAGGUUCUGAGCUGGUAACUGAUACGAGCAGUUUUGGCUUUUGCAAAUAAAAACUGUAAUUCUUUACUGAAAGCUUUUAUUUCUAAUCUAAAUCGGAAUCGCUCUUCUGUUUUCCUUAGUGAAAAUGUCCUGUGGUUUCUGUGAUUUAGUUGGUGCAGUAUGAUAGGAGCAGGGCAGCCCAUCCAGAGUGCGGCAGGCAGAGUGCUCCUGCUUACUGCUCCUACAACCCAAUUAACCUCCUAGGCCCUGCCCUGUUGUUCCUUCCUGCCUGUGUAGGGUUUGUCCCCUGGAAAACAGCCUGGCUAUUUCUCUGCUGUCACUCACAGCAACAAAAUGAAUUAACUCUAAGCUGCAGCAGAUUUUAAGCCAGUAGACAUAAGAGCAACAAAAACACAGAACAUGGGUUUCUAUGUGACCUUUGUUCUUCCCCAGUUGUAUACAGCACGCUGCCACCAAUGGCUAGUUUGUGGUGUGAUGCCAAGAUGGUUGGUAGCUUUGCUGUCGUUGAAGGCUUAGAUGAAAAAUGUCUCCCUUAGCCCCAGCGUCUUAAGCUUGGGUUCCUGGACAGGCUCUUCAGUCAGUCUGCAGAGGACUCAGGAACUUCCUAAAAUAACUGCACAAGGAAGGACCAUGUGUUCUUCUGAUCACAAACGAGUCAGCGGACGCCAGCAGUGUUUAAAGCCAUCCCUCAUUCUGCUUUGGUCUGUGCAGGUCAUUUCUCUGUCUAGGGCUCUUGGUGGAGACAGUAGUAAGAGCUGUGCAAUUAUAUAUACCUAUCUUUUUAAACACUGAGAUAAAAGAGGCUUGUUCAUCUACUGUCUACCAAAUAACCCAUUUUAGACCUGGAAAGAAAGGAAGGAAGCAAGAGAAGAAGGAAGGAAAAGAAAGAAGUGUUCUUGCUCUGAAAUCAAGAACAGUCCUUUUCACUGAGAAGUGAACGCCUUAAUCUCACGAAUUCUGUCUACGUGGACAUGCACAUGUGGAACGUGUAAGUGCCCUGCAGGAGCUCACUCUAGCAGGACCCUGCUACAGCCAGGCCUUUGCACAGGGCAUCUGCGCCUGAGGAGCAGCGAGGGAGCAGGAAUGACAGGUGUCCCUUGUCAAGCACUGUGCUGCCCUCUCCCGUCUCACUGCCCUCUCCUGUUUUGCGUGCUCUUGGAGGGGCCGUGCUGUGUAAGUUCUGCUCCCUGCUUGAGAUGCAAAAUCUGUGAAGGGCUUGCUCUUCACUGUGGUUCAGUGGCCCUCUGCUGUGCCUGUGUCUGUCCAGGCUCGUGCUGGGCAGUUUCUACAUCAGCACUGAAUCACCUUCCUCUCCCCGCUGUGAGUGGCCUGGAGAUGUGUAAGAGGGUGAAGCAGAGUCAGACUGGAAGGAGUUCUCUUUGUAUUUAUUAGCCAUUUUUGUUUUCUUUUUUGAGAAACCUCGUUAGUUCCUUACCCCCCCCCCUUUUUUUUCUUUUUUUCUGAGACAGGGUUUCUCUGUGUAGCCCUGGCUGUCCUGGAACUCACUCUGUUUGUAGACCAGGCUGGCCUCGAACUCAGAAAUCCACCUGCCUCUGCCUCCUGAGUGCUGUGAUUAAAGGCGUGCGCCACCACACCCGGCACCUUAGCCCAGUUUUUAAAAAUGGGUUUUUUUUUUUAACUUUCUGGUUUUUGAUUUUUUUAUUCUGGAUUUUACUUCUCUAUUCAAUGUGUAGCUUGCCAGGGGAUUGGGCAAAGAUUCUGUCGGCUUCCUCUUCACUUGAUUUCCUUAGCUGGUUGCCUUAGUUUCUUAUGCAGGAAGUCCUUUCUCUGUACCUGUAUCUGCAGGAGCCAGCCUAUGUUUCUUCCAGCAGUUUCAGGUUUCACAUUUUCUACUUGGUAUUAGUUUUUGUGUAAGAAGAUGGAGCCAAGAUGAUAGGCACUAAGUCUGGGCAGGUGGGCCAAAGCCUGGUGGGUGGGUGGAGGCUGUAUGUCAGGAAUGACCAAGCUGGGCUGGUUCAGUGGAUGUGGGACUGGGGUAGAUCUGGGGAUUGGGCAUGAUGCAUGUAGUAGGGGGCCAGGCAGAUCCCCCUGGCUGACCCUAGUACAAGAUGUGCAGGACCAGGCUAGGCAGAAGUUGGAUGUGGGCUAAUCCUUUAAAAAGUUACGGUCUAAGCCAGAUACCUUUAUAAUGGUAGCUACCUUUAAUCUCACCACAUGGGAGGCAGAGGCAGGUAAAUUUCUGAUGUGAGGGCAGCUUGGUCUACAUAGUAAGUGUUGGGACAGCUAGGGCUAUACCAAACACACACACACACACACACACACACACACACACACACUGUGUAUAUACACAUGGUGCACAUUUGCCAUAGCAUGCAUGAAGAGGUCAGCAGAAAACCUGUGGGAGCGAGCUCUCUCCUUUCACUGUAUAGUCCCAAGAGAUCAAACUCAGAUCCACAGGCGUGGCAGUGAGCACCUUUUACCCACUGAGCUCCCUCACCCGCCCUGUGAUUGACUAAUUUUAAGGAUGCCUGGUGAAGAGAGGCAGAACUGAGUAAGUUGGAGAGCCCAUGCAUGCGUGAUACAUGAGCAGCACUGGAAGGUAGGUGGUGAUUUCCCUAGUUAACUUUAUGUGGCUGUUUCUUGAAUUUAAAAGAUUUCCGUGCUGGAAAUCAGCGGGGCCAAAAUGCAGGCUGCUUUCGGACCAGUCCAGCCCUCUGCAGUUGAAGUCAUCAGUGACCCACACUCACAUCAUCAUUGUAGAUAAUUCCAAGGACAAGUGCUGCUUACCUCUGUAUCUAGAAAGCUGUAAGUCCCCUCCCCGUCCAGCACCGCAGAGAUGGAGAAGAGGCAGCCAGAAGCAGUACCCUCUACUGUGUGGACAAUUUUCUCAAAAGCGUUUGAAUGGUAGCCUUCAUUCUCUAGCUUACUGGAGAAGAAAGCUUGGCUCUGUCUAGAAAUGUACCUGCAGUUGCCUCAGUCUUCCUCUCUCCAGCCCACUUUCCAGAAGAUGUUGACGUUCAGCAAGGACGAUUCCAUCGUGACUUGUUUUUACAGUAAGCUUUUAUUACUCAUUAAAAAACAUAGAAAGACAUUUAGAAAGAAAAUAUCCUGAAAAGAACACAUACAGAGCAAUAAUACAACCAUAGAAGGCACUACCAGCAGUUAGACUCCUCUGAGACGUCAGGAACUCCAUGCUUUCCAGAGGCUCAACCCUCAGUACAGGUCCUGGGUCUAACUGUGCUUUAAAGUCUGAAUCUUACCAUCAUUUUCUGAAUAAACGCCUUUCUGUAUAUAUAGCUAUAUGCCUCUAUGUGUAUAUACAUAUAUAUAUAAUACAUGAAUUUUUUUUUCUUGUCAAAAAUAAAAAGCCAUCCAUGGGGGGACGUUCUCAGCAGCAUUCACAGUGUUUGCAGCAGGAGCCAUGCCUUCUCCUAACGCUACAGACAUGCAGGAUGAAGGGAAUGACUUUCCACGUGCCCCUGUAGUACACAGCAGGACGGGGGCUUCUUAAGGGAGAGAGGUGUAAGGCUGGGCAUGAGACCUCAGGCAGCCAAGGGGCUGAUGGCGUGCACAACCUCAGAGUCGCUAGCUCAUGUUGCUUUUUGCAGCUCUGCAAACGAUGCACAGUUUGAAUGACAAGGAUUUGGCGUUCUUCUGGGACGGGAGCAGUGUGGCUUCAGCCUGGGCUGGUAGGGAACUUUUUAGGCUACACGGAGAAGCUUGGGCUUAAAACAACCCGAGGAAAGGGUAUGGAAAGGCAAGCACAACAUGAAAGUGGUCUCCUCUGGAGGCUCAAUUGAAACACUGGCCCUCUUUUAAAGGGACAAGUUUUUCUCCAUCUGUAUUGAGUGUCUUUGCAGUCCUGGCUACUCUGGCUGAUUGGUUUUAAGUCUGAACUACUCAAGAGUUGGAGUCAUAAUCUGAUGCUGUCAAUGCAGUCUAGUAACCUCGCAUCUUCAAAGUCAAAGCCUGACCGGGAAGCUUGAUGGGAAAGAGGCUGAUCAUCAAUCACCCUGUGCUCUGAGGCUGUGUCCUUGGCUCUAUAGCACCAUUGUCCACUUCCUGCCAGGGGCAAGCCAGCAGAGAGCUUCAAGCAAAGUGCCCCACUCUUUUCUCUGCAAACAAAAAGGCACUGAAGUCACCAGGGAAGUCAGGCCCACGGGUCUGCUCAGUGCUGUGCUGCGAGCAGACCAUGCUUCCCACCAGAAAGGACUCCAAGUUGGAGGACUUUACCACUGUAAUCAAAGCUACUACUCAGGCAACAGCUGGAGACCCUAAAGCCAGAGGUGGAGGUGGAACUGAAGGCCAAGGAGAUUCAGGCCCCCCACCCCCUGCAGGCGUAGGCCACAGACAGCUUGGAUGUGCUUCUCUGUAAUACUUUCUGGCAGCUCAGCAAGAAACUAAAAUUGAUAAGUGGCUGGUUUCUCUUUGGUAGAAACCCAUAAGGAGGACAGCAUUAAAUUCAAAUGUUAACAUAUCAAACAUUGGACAGAGACAUGCUGAAAUACCACACAGAUGUGCAUAUAUGUCUUUGGGUUUGCAUGCACACAGCCUGCUGGGUAAUAAGAGACGGCCUGGUCAGGCUGUAGCCUCUUGAAAUCUCAGGCUGACCCUGAGUGUCUAGUACUAGAGAAGAAGAGGCACCUUGGGGCAAGGACAGUCCUUUCAUGAGCAUUUUCCUGCUUUCAAGGACUUAGCUAGAAUGAAUAUGCCACAUUUGAUCCUUAAAUAUACUAUACGUGGCCAAAAAAAACCAACCAAACAAACCAAAAGAGGAACUGAAGAGUAAAUCCAGAGAAAGAACACACAGGCUCUGAAACCUUUCUUUCCUUUUGCCGGCUGGUGAUUGAUUGGAGUUUGGUGACCAGAGAGGCAACUAUUUGGUUUCUGAGAGGCCAGCAGACUGAGCAGGGAAACACUGGUCAUUCCACAGGAGUUCUGAUCCCAGGCGGAAGCUCUCCAGAGCCAUGGUGUGGUGGGUUAGCAGGAAUCGAACCCUGCAUAGACACUGCGUGGAAGAGACUUUGUGCCACAUCUGUUAACUGCUGGGCAGGCACUGGUGGAACCACCAGAGGUGUCUUAACAGUAACUCUUUGUUGCAAAAUAAUUAACAAUAAAAUAAAUUGGAGGGCACUGAGAGGACAGGAAGUCGGCUGGUUACCCCGGCUUCCCUUGGGACUCUCGUAAUGCCUCUUCCAGUUUCUGACGGAAUUUGUUGUACUUCUUUUGCAGUUGAUGGAUCUUGUCCUGCUCCUCUUUUUCCAGGAUAGUUAAAAAGUUCUGGAGUUCAGGAAUGGAAAAGGCAUCCCACUAUGAGAGGAGGAGGAGAAAACAAGUGAAAAUGGUUAGAAGUUGACAUGUCUCAGGGCUCUGCUGUUGCUCCACAGUGAGCCAGCCAAGUACACUUUUCAGCUGAAGGGGCGGGUAUCACGAAUGACAUUUGUGUACCGUACACAAUGGUCACAUCAGCCACAAAUGGUCAUGUCCCGGAAUCUCCUGGAGUUCCCAGCCUAUACACCUGUGCUUAUAGAAGAGCAGCUGCAACUGAGGAUACACCUGUGCUUAUAGAAGAGCAGCAGCAGCUGAGGAUACACCUAUGCUUAUAGAAGAGCAGCUGCAGCUGAGGAUACACCUGUGCUUAUAGAAGAGCAGCCGCAGCUGAGGAUACACCUGUGCUUAUAGAAGAGCAGCAGCAGCUGAGGAUACACCUGUGCUUAUAGAAGAGCAGCCGCAGCUGAGGAUACACCUGUGCUUAUAGAAGAGCAGCUGCAGCUGAGGAUACACCUGUGCUUAUAGAAGAGCAGCAGCAGCUGAGGAUACACCUGUGCUUAUAGAAGAGCAGCCGCAGCUGAGGAUACACCUGUGCUUAUAGAAGAGCAGCCGCAGCUGAGGAUACACCUGUGCUUAUAGAAGAGCAGCAGCAGCUGAGGAUACACCUGUGCUUAUAGAAGAGCAGCCGCAGCUGAGGAUACACCUGUGCUUAUAGAAGAGCAGCCGCAGCUGAGGAUACACCUGUGCUUAUAGAAGAGCAGCCGCAGCUGAGGAUACACCUGUGCUUAUAGAAGAGCAGCAGCAGCUGAGGAUACACCUGUGCUUAUAGAAGAGCAGCCGCAGCUGAGGAUACACCUGUGUUUAUAGAAGAGCAGCUGCAGCUGAGGUCUUCACUUUGGGGCUGGACGUGCUCCCCAGAGGCAGGUGGAGGACACCUCUCAUGAGCUGUGUGACGUCAGGUUUCAAGCUCCACCCUGCUGCCCACCUUCUCAUGAACCAGUAUACCGAGCAUACUCUGCACACCUCUCAGUUGGCUCUAGCUGGUCAGGCUGAAGCCUCCGCUGGGAGAAAGGACUGAGACUCCAAGCUCCUUGAGCACAAGGGAGGAUUUCACGGUGGGCCUGGUCUAAUCCCCACACUAGAUAAUAAGAACCUAUGGUCCACAGAGAGAGAGAGAGUGGGGGAAGCAGUUCUGGAGCUGGCACAGCAGAGUGCAGACGACAGCUGCUCCAACUCUCCCAGCCCCAGGCCUGCGGCCCGCAGAGAGCACAGCCUUCAGUGCACCCUUCACUAACACGCCUUUGUAGACUCGAGACCACCCUGAGCUGUCCUGGUUGAAAUGAAUGUAGAGCCCUA